AUGCCUGACGGAAACGAGCUGACCGAAAAGCGAUUUCGAUGCUUCUGCGGAAUUUGCCAUGUUGUGACCGGAACACAAUUAUGUCUCAUCUGGUAUAUCCUAACAUCCGGAUUAUCUCUUUUUUUCGGAAUGAGAUCCACGUGUACCUGGUUGAUUGUUCCUAUUUGUGUCGUUGGAUUGGGAAUGUACGCAUUCUACUCGAAACGACAUAAAUUUCUCUAUCCGUUUCUGAUUAUAACUGUUGUCCAACAAUUGGUUUGUAUGCUCAUGGCCACCAUCAUAACCAUUUUCUCUUUGUGCAGUUUCGAUACAAUGAGACAGAUUAUUGGUCACACACUGGAUAUGGCAGAAGCUCCAUCCAAAACUCUAGCACUUUUUGUAGUGUGUGGAACAGUUUCAGCAUGUAUUCUACUAUCGUUUAUACAUGUUUGGCAAGCCAUUAUCAUUUAUACAUGCCUUGAAUAUUAUGAAGACGAAUAUCGAAAACUGGAAGAAGGAUAUUGUGUUGAAACAUCACGUUUAGAUGCCACUGAUUAUGAUGAUAGCAGAAGUCGAUGUACUCCAGACCCUCCUUAUCAACAACGAGAACCAAGAUUUCCACUUGUCUGA